CAACAUUCACAAAUCACACAGCCUCUGAUUCUCUGGUAGUGGUGAGCUCGAGCGAUCUAGAUCUGUGGUUAGCCAGCAGCUUCCAACACCAUGGCCUUGGCAGCAGCAACCUUGCUCAGGUUUAUUGGGUACCCGGCGUGUAAACCAAAUGCUCCUGCUGGUAGAAACCGCUACUGCAACCCACACACAACUGCCGGCAAUGGUGUCAUAGCCAUCAAUCGCAGCAGUUGGAGGUGCAGGAAUAGGGCUACAGCGAGCAGAGAAGUUACGGCCGCGGCCGGACGCCGGCGAGACAAGGAGGACGAAUGGCCCAGCUACCUGACGCCGGAUAGACUGGACUUGCUGAGGGAGAUGGAGCCGUGGGUGGAGGAGCACGUGCUCACGCUGCUCAAGCCCGUGGAGGCGUCCUGGCAGCCGUCCGACAUGCUGCCGGAUCCGGCGGCCCUGGGCAGCGACGGCUUCCACGCCGCGUGCCUCGAGCUCCGCGCGGGGGCGGCGGAGGUGCCGGACGAGCUCCUCGUGUGCCUCGUGGCGAACAUGGUCACAGAGGAGGCGCUGCCCACGUACCCGAGCGGGCUGAACCGCUUCGAGGUCGUGCGUGACACCACGGGCGCCGACCCCACGCCGUGGGCCCGCUGGAUCCGCGGGUGGUCCGCCGAGGAGAACCGCCACGGCGACGUGCUCAACCGCUACAUGCACCUCUCCGGCCGCUUCGACAUGCGCGAGGUGGAGCGCACCGUGCAGCGCCUCAUCCGCGACGGGAUGAGCUUCCACGCGCCGGUGAGGAGCCCUUACCACGGCUUCGUCUACCUCACCUUCCAGGAGCGCGCCACGGCUAUCGCGCACGGGAACACGGCGCGCCUCGUCGGCGCGCGCGGCGCCGGGGACGCUGCGCUCGCGCGCAUCUGCGGCACCGUCGCCGCCGACGAGAAGCGGCACGAGGCGGCCUACACCCGUAUCAUGGGGAAGCUCUUCGAGGUAGAACCGGACGCCGCCGUGCGCGCAAUGGCGUACAUGAUGCGCCACCGGAUCGACAUGCCGACUGGCUUCAUCAAUGACGGCCGCCAUAGCGGCCGCGACUUCUACGAUCGCUUCAUCGCCAUCGCACAGCUGGCCGGCACGUAUACGGUUUCCGACUACCGCAGCAUCCUGGAGCACCUUAUAGGGCAGUGGGGCGUGAAGGAGCUCGCCUCGGGGCUCUCCGGCGAAGGGAGGCGCGCGCGUGACUACCUGUGCGCGCUGCCGAACAAAAUGCAGAGGAUGGAAGAGAAGGUCACGGAGAGAGCAGUCAAGGCAAAAAACAAGCCCACUCCUAUCCCCAUCAACUGGGUCUUCGAUAGGACCAUCAGUGUCGUUCUACCCUGAUCCUGUAUAAGUAUGCAAUUAGUUUGCGAAUAAAGAGAGAGCUUUAUUAGAGAGACUAGGAGAGUUCUUAGAUUCCUGCUCAACCAAAACUUUCGAACACAGGACGGGAA